GUGAAAUCUUCGAGAAAUACCAGAUCAAACCUUUUUGGUUGUAAAAAUAUAAAAGCGAACUGUAAACUGCCUUUUUCUCCGUCCUUAGAUCCUAAUCCGGUAGCGAAGUAGUUGAAAUGUCGAUUCGGCGUGGACGCAGCUGAAGAAGCAACUGCUCACCAUGCCCAUUAAGGUCGAACUCCAAGAGCGACCGACCGAGGAGUUUUUGUCGUCGCUCUUGCUCACUUCGAAUUGCGGCAAGCCCGCGAAGAAGAAGCCGAACCGUAUCAAGGGCAAUUUCCUGUGCACCAACUGCAACCGGAAUUACAUCAGGAAAGAUUCGCUGCAACGUCACGUCACCUAUGAGUGCGGCAAGGAGCCUCAGUUCCCCUGCCCUUUCUGUCCGCAAAAGUGUAAGCGGAGAACGCACCAGAUCAGACACAUUAAGAGACAACACCCUGACCAGAUUGGGUUACUGGCCGAGAAUAAUCCCCAUGCCAGUUGCAUCCAGGCGGAGAUAGUGUCCGGUGUCGAGCUGGACGCGAAGCACUCCCUCUGAGUCCCUUCGGUAUUUUGUUUUUUAAGUGUUCGAUAAUUCACCCAAGUGCCUGAAACAUCACGAUUUUUUCUCUGUUUAUUCGUUUCCCCUUGUCAGAAUGUAGACUGAAUGUGGAUCUCGACCAUCGCCUAUGUUUAGGUUUUCGAAUAUUUUAAAAUAAAAUUUUGUCGUAAAAUAUGUGCGUUCGUUUUUAAUAUCACGUCCCGCCUCCGUUCGCCUGGUAAAUAUUAAGCGUGUGC